CCUCUUAAUCGACCUUGACCUCGCCUUAAUAGAAGAUCGAAGAUGGCCAGCCGCCGAAGAACAUUGUCGACUUGUUCGGAUUCGAGCGAUCAUUUCUACACAAUCAACGAGCACCCUGUGGACGAUAUAUCACUGGAGUUUUUCUACAAGCCACACACGAUCACAUUAUUAACAAUUUCAAUCCUGUGGUUGUUGUACUCAGCGUUUGUAAGUGACAGCAGCAGUACAUGGGAAGACAAUCUAUGGAAUGGACUGUUAGCUGUAGUGUUCUUCUUCCUCAUUGUCAGCUCUCUAGUGUUCCCAAAUGGUCCAUUUACUAGGCCACAUCCCGCAAUAUGGAGGAUGGUCUUUGGGUUAAGUGUCCUCUACUUCAUGCUGCUAGUGUUUUUGGUGUUUCAAAGUCUCAGUGAUGCCAAAGAAAUGCUGUUCUUUCUCUACCCAAAACUCCGAGGAUUUCGUAUGGAGGAGCAGGAAUACGCUGUCAACUGUUCACAAGUCUCCUUUGAGCGUCUCUGGGGGCACAUGGAUAUUUUUGCCUUUGGUCAUUUCUGGGGCUGGUGUCUGAAGGCGCUGCUCAUCCGCCAUUAUGGCAUCUGUUGGACUAUCAGUGUGACGUGGGAAGCCACAGAGAUGGCCUUCAUGCACUUGUUGCCUAACUUUGAGGAGUGUUGGUGGGACGCCUGGGUCCUGGAUGUCCUGCUGUGUAACGGCCUCGGCAUCUGGGUCGGCAUGCAGUUCUGUAAGGUGCUGGAGAUGAGAGAGUUCAGAUGGGAGAGUAUCAAGGACAUCCACUCCACCACAGGAAAGCUAAGAAGAGCGGCUCUCCAGUUCACCCCAGCCAGCUGGACACAUGUCCGAUGGCUUGACCCCAACUCCUCCUACAUGAGGGUCAUUGGGGUCAGCAUACUGGUCAUCUUCUGGCAGCUUUCAGAGCUGAACACAUUUUUCCUAAAGCACAUCCUUCACAUGGCGACAGGACAUCCUCUCUGCAUCGGCCGCCUCAUCUUCAUAGCUGUUAUAUCAGCUCCUACUAUAAGGCAGUAUUAUUCCUAUAUCACUGACACUCAAUGUAGACGUGUAGGAACACAGUGUUGGUUGUACUGUGCUAUAACUCUCACUGAGGCCAUCAUUUGUUUGAAGUGGGGGAAGGACUUAUUUAAGCAAACUGAACUCAUGUAUGUCUUCUAUUGGCUGGUCAUUUUGAUGGUCUCCAGUGUGAUUUGCGUCUACAUUUGUGCGGUCAUUUCUAAAAGAACUCCGACACGUCCAGCGGUAGACGUCAACAGCCGUGAGAGGUCAGUCAGCGAAUGUAGCACAGACAUGGAUGACCUCUAUCAGCAGAAUGGCAUCAUCACCAGGGGGCAGCACAAGGUGAAGAUAGCCAAUGGGAGCCCAGUAUCUGCUCAAGAUGGAGGCAAACAAAAGCAGCAGAAGGCGAGAAAGAGACAGGGCAAGAAGAAUGUGCAAGGGACAUAACAUAAUGGCAGCUUAGAUGAUGUGUUGCAUUAAGGGAUGUAUAUCUGUCCCAAAUGAUCUAAAACUGAACAGUCUUCUUCAGAUCUUGCCAGAACCAGCGCUGGUCCACAUGCCAAAAUGGGACAGUGAUGUGCAGUAUUAGUUUACAUUGAAUUUUUUAGCUUGAGACUUAGGUUUAGGUCAUGUGAUCUGAACAUGUGACUAAGUCAUGUGACAUGUUGAUAACACAGUCAGACCAGCUCAUUUUUAAGCUGCAUGUUUUAAUUAAAUGUAUUAUGAAAACCCCAUUAGGCCUCCAGAUAGUUAAGAAAAGUCAUGUGACAGAUAGGUUCUGAAUGAAGAGGUCACAUGUUGAUAUAUACGUGUUUCAUUUUCUACAUGAACAAUUAAGAACUAGGUACAAGUGUUAAGAUAUGAGGUAGUGGGAAGGCCUUUAUUAUGAUCAUACUUCAGUAUAUCUGUACUGAAUAACUUUGUUACAGUUAGUUGUUGAUUUCAAACAGUUACUAUACAGCUGAGGAGAUGAAUGUGAAGUUUUUCAUUUCACUUAUUUGUUGAUUUUGCUCAUUAAUUUAAAGGCAGGGAACUUCUAUGGUAAGAAAUAAAUUUAACUGUGUACACACCAACAUAAUUUCAUUGUAACCAGUGUAGUUAGAAGACAGCUCAAUCCUGUGUUGUUGAUUGUGCUUAGUGCUGAACUUUGACAUCUUUCACUUGACCACAUCUAAAUUGACUUUUUUUGUCAAAGUUUCCGUAGUGUUCCAUAUCAUAUCUGUCAAGUCAGUGUAGUGUAGUCUGUGACUUGAUUCAUAUAACUGUCCUGUUCAUCAAUUAUACCCUGAACAACGAGCGUUCUAUUUAACUCCCCAAUGAGGGGCGUGACCAUGAUAUUAAAGAAUGAGAAUUACUUAGUCUUCAGUGUGAUACUGAUGUGACAAUCUGAUCUCAGAAAUGUCUCACUGCCUGUCCUAGUGGAAGGUGACACAGGCAGUCACCAGGUAAUGGUCAUCACAAAGACAGUUGCUACUCUAAGGCUCCAUUCAGAAUAGGGGACUAACUAGUCUGAGGGUCAAAUAUGGCAAAGCUUACCGUCUUGUCUUCUAACAGACACUAAAUAGAUAUCCCGUGGGGAAGUAUUCAAGUGGGUCGACCAUAUUUGGUCCCUGUACUAGUUAGCUCAAUGUUCUAAAUACAGCCUAGAAUUCACUUGCUGUAACAGUUACAUGUCCAUGCACUGAUAUGUGGCCAAUUUGUUAGUCAAACUUGUACAUAACUUGUUGUAUAGGGGCCACAGUUGGUCCUUUUUGUGUCUUUUUUUCUGAAUGGAGGAAGCACGUUUGUAAAAUUGCAACAAUGGACGAUCACAAUUAUAUCAAAGUAUAACCUUUAAAAUCAAUAGCAAAGUUAGGUAUUAAUCAAGACAUUUGUAAACUUUGUAAAUCUCAGUUUAUAUUGCCAAUAAUAUGCAUAGUUACAGCUGUGUAAGUGUGGGGCAUUGUAUUAAUUUUGGACGUAGCAUUCACAUUCUAGCUUUAUUUUCAUCUCUUGCAUCUAAGAUGACCACAUUGUGUUAGAUGUGACCACAUUGUGUUAGGUGUGAACACACUGUGUUAACUGUGACCACAUUGUGUUUGGUGUGACCACAUUGUGUUGGAUGCGACCACAUUGUGUUGGGUGUUACCACAUUGUGUUGGAUGUGACCACAUUGUGUUGGGUGUUACCACAUUGUGUUGGAUGUGACCACAUUGUGUUGGGUGUGAAUACAUUGUGUUAACUGUGACCACAUUGUGUUGGGUGUGAACACAUUGUGUUAGGUGUCCUGCACAGAUUGUGAGAAUUCUAACCAGCUUUUAUUCAGGUUCAUUUAUUUAAAAUCUCAUUGUAUUACAGUAAGGCAUGUUUAACACCAUGACGCUCAGAACACAAGGCAUGCUCCAUUUUCUAAAGUUUAUAUCGAAUAUACUGACAUUUGGGAAGGCUCACGAGAUAGACAUACUGGUAUAGUCCAGCAGCUGAUAUAUGUUUUCGUCUACACACACAUGCACGCACGCACCUGCGUAAGAUAACAUUGGCUUGCCAUGACAUCCCAGUGUUAUUAGAACUAGAAGUAAUGUCUGUAUUUAGUUAUUGUUGACAACUGUCUGCUUUAAUUUGUUAUCUUACUCGAAGUAAGAGAGGUUUGCCAGUAUUAUUCUUUUUCUUUGACAGUUUAUCAUACUUGUUGUGUGAGAUGUGAUUUUUUAAGAAAUAAAUCUUCAAAAUUCAAGAUGCUGGUGCGUUUCUUUUCCUUGCAUUGAGUAGAAUACAGAGAAGCUGCCGAUUGUACGAGUCUGUUGGAUUUGAGGAGGUGUGUAAGUAUUAAUCUGUUUGCAUUAAGUAGGGGACCCCAUGGAGUUAGUUUGGCACAGCUAGGUUAACAUAACAUGUUGGAAUUGAGGAGGUGUGUA